AACCUGACUGGUGUUCCUCUCCAGACUCAGCUGGCUUGCUUGCAGGGUUCAUUCAUUAUGCUUUCGAUAGGCCUCUGCCGUGAAUUGCUGCUCUUACUCCUCUGCCCUUUCCUCAACCUUGGCACUGCUCUCCACUCAAUACACUGUGCCCCAUGCACUGAAGAGACGCUUGCACUGUGCCUGCCAGUGCCUGCCAGCUGUCUUGAAACAGCUCGCCAGCCAGGCUGUGGUUGCUGCCAUACUUGUGCCCUCCAGCUAGGGGAGACCUGUGGAGUAUACACAGCACGCUGUAGUCAGGGGCUCAGCUGCCAUGUGCGCCCAGGGGAACCAAGGCCCCUUUAUGCCCUCACCCAUGGUCAGGGCACCUGCCUACCCAUCACUGACAUGACAGAGACUGCAGAAUCUCUGGAAGCAGAAGACAUGUCUGCCGAAGGCACUGAAACAACACCUCAUCAAGACCUCAACUACCACCUGAUGUUUCCUAUUGGCCAAGACAAGUCUGUCCUUUGGAAUGCACUCAGUGCAUAUGAAAGCAUUAAAGCAAAGAAACUUGCUGAACUUAAGAAACUGAAGGAACAAGGGCCAUGCCAAAAAGAACUCUACAGAGCCCUGGAUAAGUUAGCAAAAGCUCAACAGAGAACCAGAGGGCAGAUAUACAGAUUCUAUUUACCCAACUGUAAUAAGGAUGGAUUUUACUACAACAAGCAGUGUGAAACUUCACUUGAUGGAAGUCCUGCAAGGUGCUGGUGUGGCUAUCCAAAUGGGAGGAGAAUUCCUGGAUCUUUUGAAAUCACAAGCGACCUUGAAUGUGAACAAUAUCUUGGCUCACAAGAAUAAGAUCAGAUAUGCAGCAAAGUUUGUACAAGUAGAUACCAUCUGAUUCCAGAGUUGAGGAGACCCUCAGACAACAGAUCUUUAAGCAUGGGACUGGUCAAAAAGCCUUAUCCUAUGCACGAUUUCUUAGAUGUAAAGCCCUAUUGAUCCCAGCACUACCAGUAAGUGCAUAUAUGUGACCUAGUUUGGUGGUUGGGAGGAUCCUAAAAAUAGUCUCAUCAUGAAGAUUAAAUGGUGAUAUUGUUGGUCCUUCACACCUUCUAACCUGUAAAUAACUAUAACAAAACAAGCUACCUUUGUAGUCUGCCCAUAUUGCCUGCUGAAUUAUUUAUUUUAUAUUUUUUUGUAUUUUGUCUGUUUGGUUAACUUAUAAAUCUAUAUCCUUCAACACUUCAAAACUUUGUGUGUAAUAUGUUUAAUGUUGUUUCUCUGAAAAUAUGCACUUUUUCUAUUUUUGAAGAGCACAGUAUACAGUAUCCGUUGAGUGCAAAAAUUAUGGAGGAAAUAGUUUUGUCAAUCAGGAAUUUUGUAUUGUGUAUUUAUGUCAUUUGCAAGUGUAGUGUACAAAUCAGCACUACACAGAACACAGUUCAAGUAUUUAUUUAGAAGUCUGUUUCAUUUGCAUAGUAUGUUGGUAUUGCAUCUCCACUUUUAAUUUCAAUAUCAAGAAGUUCUAAAUCCAUAUAAUGUAGCAAGAAAGGUAACCUUCACACACAUGCCCUGUGGGUGUUGAUUCCAUGGGAAUGACCUGACUGAUCUUUCCCACCCACAUGGCUGCUUUAUUCACACAUGCCCCUGCAGGGUGGAAGCACACCACAAUGAAUAAGUUUCCACGUUACUGGGUAUUGGUGUGAAGAGCACCAUAUAAGAGAAAAAUUCUGCCUGUUUUCCUUGCACAUGCACUAUGUUUAUAUUGUAACAAAUAAAUUAAUAGACUACAAUGUAUAACAUUUAGUGGAUGUACAUUUUCACAAGUCAUGCUAUUUAAGAUGAAUUAUUAAACCAUUUUCUGUUGACUCU